CUUGGGAGGAGAGCGAGCCGAGACGCCGCAGAGGAAGGAGGCAGCCCGGGCGCUCCGGGGAGAGGCGGCGGUGGCGGUGGGGCAGGGAUGCGCUUGCCGGGGGGCUGACAGAUCCCGGUGCCACGGGGCUUCGCGCGCUGAGCGCCUCGGCGACCUGCGGAGCGCAUCUUCCGCGCCCGGAUCUCCAUGCGCUGAUCGAGGGGUGGUGCCGGCUCGGGGAUGAAGCAGGCGAUCGCGGAGCCCGGGCAGCUGCAGGGCCCCCCGGCGUCGUCGGGGCGGGAGCCCGAGGCCCGGUGGCCGCGCGACGGCGCCAAGAGCGAGGCGAGCGAGGCGGAGCGGCUGCGCACCCGCGAGCGCCUGGAGGCCACCCUGGCCGGGCUGGCCGAGCUGGAGUUGCUGCGCCAGCGCCACGAGCUGCGCGUCAAGCGGCUGCUGGCCGCCGCGCCCGCCGAUGCCCGGCCGGGGGGGAGCGGCUCCGGGGAGACGGCGGCGGGAGAGGCAGCCGCGCCAGGGGUCGCCGCCGCCGCUCCGCGCAGCCUGGAGGAGAAGUUCCUGGAGGAGAACAUCCUGCUCCUGCGGAGGCAGCUGAAUUGCCUGCGACGGAGGGACGCGGGUUUGUUAAACCAGUUGCAAGAACUGGACAAGCAGAUCAGCGACCUGAGGCUGGAUGUUGAGAAAACGGCCGACGAGCAGCUCGAGACGGACAGCCGCCCCAGCUCAGGCUUCUAUGAGCUGAGCGACGGGGCCUCGGGGUCGCUCUCCAACUCCUCCAACUCUGUUUUCAGCGAGUGUUUGUCCAGCUGCCACUCCAGCACCUGCUUCUGCAGCCCUUUGGACACAUCCCUGAGUGGCUCUGAUGGACGGCCCAUGUCUGCAGAUCUCAUCGGCUGGCUGGAAUAUAACAAAGGGAACCAGCAUGAAGACCCGUCCGUGGGGAUGGCCUGCCGAGUUCUGUCCACAUCGCACUCUAAUUCCCUUGAGGUGGUUGCAGACGUGCAUCCAAAAUACCAGUGUGACCUGGUGUCGAAAAACGGGAACGACGUUUACCGCUACCCCAGCCCUUUACACGCCGUCGCGGUGCAGAGCCCCAUGUUCCUUUUGCCGGUGACAGACAACCCCCCGAGGGAAGAGGGAGAGCACAACGUUGCGGACCUUUGCGUGGGACCCGAACACGACUCUGCGAAAACGGGCGCCUCCUGCCUCCCGCAUAGCUCUCCUCCCGAGUCCUGUCCCCCAGCCAGCAGGAAAAUAGACGGCUACAUCUUGAGCCUUGUUCAAAAAAAGACCCCUUCGGUGCGGACUAACAAACUGAGGACGAAUCUGAAUGCAGACCCCGCCAAAGGGAUUUUGAGGCACGGGAGCCUGUGUGUCCGGCAAGCGCCUGGGGUUGCAAGCGGCAGUUCGGCCGCUGCUCUCAAGAACCCAAACCAGGUCUUCCCCCAUUCCAGCAGAGCCAGCACACCGCUUGACAGAAGCGCCUUCUCCCCUCUGAAGCAGCAUUCGAGAGAAACCGAACACCUGGAGAGCAAACAGGUUCCUCCACCCACGGUCUUCCCACCAAAUGUCAACCACGAACUUCAAAGCCAGCAGGCGGCGAGGAACGUCAAACCGCCAGAGCCGCCGCGGUGUCCGGUCGCAAGCAAGGGCGACGUCCCCAAGGAAAGCGGCCAGAUUUUUGCGGAAAGCCCUCCCCAACACGCAACGCCCCCGAAGGAAAGCAAAACCCUCCAGCUGCCCAGAAAAAUCCUGUUCAAAAGCAGCGGGGCGCAAGCGGUCCACGGUGUUUUGCCGCCUCAGGAAACCAGGCCUCCGCUGGAUUUCAAGAGCGACGGGUCGUCCUCUCAGGGCUUGGAGGAAGGCCUGCUAGUGAACGCCAAAUACAUCCCGGCUCAGCCGCAGACGGUCAGGCUUCACAAGGGCAGCCGGAGCGUCAGGAUACUCAAAAGCUCCUUGGUGAAGCACAGGUCUCACCUCGUCACCGUACUGGAAAACGGGCCGCAGGCCGGCAGGGAGAAGGCCAAACCCUCCGGCAAGAAGUGCCGUUUCCCCGACGACCUGGAUACAAAUAAGAAGCCGAAGAAGGCCGCCGCGAGAGGGAAGAAAAGCGGCCACUUGCCGCUGGAGGCCGCCCUCCUGAGUCGGCCUCCCGGCGUCCUGAAGUCGGGGGUUAGGCCACACAGCCGGGAGCCGGUGGUGGCGAAACCGAAGCACAAGAGGGCUGACUAUCGCCGCUGGAAGCUGUCAGCCGAGGUCUCCUAUGAAGAAGCCCUGAGGAGGGCGAGGAGGAACCGGAGGGAAGGCCUCGGGGCCUACCCUCAGGCUCCCCACCCGUACGCCAGCCCCUACGCCUACGUCGCGAGCGACUCGGAGUAUUCGGCAGAGUGCGAGUCGCUCUUCCACUCAACGGUGGUGGACACCAGCGAGGACGAGAGGAGCAACUACACCACAAACUGCUUUGGGGACAGCGAGUCCAGCCUGAGCGAGGUGGAGUUUGUGGGCGAGAGCACAACGACCAGCGACUCGGAUGAGAGCGGGGGGCUCAUCUGGUCCCAGUUUGUGCAGACGCUCCCCAUCCAGGCGGUCGCCGCCGCUUCCGAGCUCCACGAAAACGCAGCCAAAGCCUUCGUCAAGAUUAAAGCCUCACACAACCUCAAGAAGAAGAUCCUCCGCUUUCGGUCCGGCUCUCUCAAACUGAUGACUACUGUCUGAAAGGCAUAACUAGUAGCUGAAGAUGGCGGCAGUGGUGACUGACAUGCCUACGGGGGGAAGAGUGUGUGUGUUAAGGCAGCCUUCCCGAAGUUGGUGACCUCCAAAUGUCUUUGACAUUUGUGGGGAGUUGGAAGGGACCCCCAAAGGCCAUCAAGUCCAACUCCACUGCAAUGCAGAAAUCUCAGCAUGUGGUCCCCCAUCCAAUUUCAAACCAUACUGGACCCUGCUUAGCUUUGCAAAUGUGCUAGCAGUUUUAGAUUGCUGCAGUUUGGAGGUCAUGGGAGCUGCAGAGGUUGGGGUUCAGGGGAAACUGCUGUGGUUGGGAAUUAUGGGAAUUGCAGAGGUCGGGGAGCAUGGGGACUGCAGUGGUCAAGGCUCAUGGGAUUGUAGUCCAAAACAUUUGGAGGUCACCAGGUAGGGGAGGCGUGAUAUAAGGGUAUGUCUGCAUUUGGGAGUUUUCGAUGUGUCUUGGGCACGCUUAUUCAGGGCACAGAAGCAACACAAGCCAGCUUCAAGAGAAAAUGCACUUUCCGGGGGGGGGGGGGAGGGCUUCCCUUGCAAGAGGCGAGGUGCCCCAGCGGAGAAUUCAUCUCGUGCUGGAAGGCACAGAGCCCUUUGCUAGUCCUUUGCUGAGAGCAGCAAAGCGCUCAGCCCGCCACCCUCCAGAGAGGCAGCCAUGUUGCAUUGUGUUACUGUUUGUGUAUACAUGCUGCCUGCCAGCCAAAAGUGCUCCCAAGAACAAACAGAUGCACACAAAGACAAUAAUGCAAGCGCAACAUGGAGCAAAUGCGAAUGAUGCCAAUUCAAAACGUUUCGGCAGUAUUAAAACCCGUGCACAUCGGUGUUUCUGGCAGGCAAAGAGCAUUCCCUAGAAGGACAAGAAUACUUGAGCAGCCCCUUUGUCUCAUGAGGGUCCUGGGCAGCAGGGUUUUGCAAGUCAGGUGAAAAAGCUGGUGCCCCGUGAGGCUUGCAGUAGACUCUCUCCCCUGUGACCAUGUGCCCAACAGUCAAGUUGACCUCUCCUUGGUCAGCUUACGCUCAAAGGUUGUCCACUUGCACUAAGAGCAGCCCAGAACUACUUGCAAGCGAGAGAAGCUCCUCUUGGCUUCUUUUUGAAAUGCUAAGCUGGGGCCAGUAGAUGUUCUUGUGGGUUGCAUGCCAGGUGCCUGCCCAAAACACCAAACCAGGAUGCUGCUUGCCAAAUCCGCUUGCAGGUAGAUGCUUCAAACUUCCAAGGCUGCCUCUCCAGUCUUUGAAAAACAUUGAAGGGAAGUCAGUAGCUUUUUAUUGAGAUACCAAGGGAGCAAGCAAUAUAUAUCCUAAAUGCAAAGCGUGGUGCUGUGUGAUUAUUAUUUUUUUAACACUAAAUAGCCAGCCAUUGGGACAGGGGAGAAUCAGGAUUGGGACUGUGAUGGACAGGGAGACGAGCAGUUAACCCUUUUCUUCUGUGCUGCUGAAAAUUUCCCUUCCUACUCCCUCCAAGAAGCUAUUGUUUGGCAUGGGGGGAAAAGGGGGGGGGGGGUUCAGAGAGUUAAUUUGAGUGGGAUCACGGCGCUGGGGGAAAAGGUUUUUUGUUUUGUUUUUAAUCUUCUCAUUGCGGUCCUGAUCCUGAUUAGUACCUCCCCUGCAGGAGCUGUUUAUUUAAAUAAUAGUAAUAACAAUGGCCAUGGCAAAUUAUACAUUUAACAUUACAUGGUACUGGGGCUGUGGCAAUCAGCCUUGUUACAGUGCUGCCCCUUCCGGUACAUCUCAAGGCCCUUCCUGAGACAGACUGCCCUGAGACCUUCAGAUGAAGGGCAGUAAACAGAUAUAAUAAAUAAAGUAAAUAA